AAGCGGAAGCGGGUACGGAGGUACCAGCUGGUCUUCGGAGGGGGGUAGGGGGCUCCAUGAAUGGAAGCGGCGGCGGCGGCGGGAGCGACCUGAGCUGGGCUCUGGGGCCAGGGCCAGGGGCUGCCCAGGGCCCGCACCGGUGUAUGGGGGCGGCUCGUGGACCCUAAGAGCAAGGACCGACGGCUGGGCCGAUCUGGGAGGGGCGGGGCCGGGCGGCCUCGGGCCGGAGGCGCGUCGGGCUGGAGCCGGUCACGAUGCCCCGAAGGAAGCAAAGCCAUCCACAGCCCGUGAAAUGCGAGGGGGUCAAAGUGGAUACUGAAGAUUCCUUCGACGAAGGACCUGGGGCUCUGGUGUUGGAGAGUGAUUUGCUACUAGGCCAAGAUCUGGAGUUUGAAGAGGAAGAGGAAGAGGAGGAAGGUGACGGCCACAACGACCAGCUCAUGGGCUUUGAGAGAGACUCUGAAGGUGUGUUUAAGGGAGCCAGACCUGGACUUCCCUAUGGGCUGAGUGACGAUGAGUCUGGGGGCGGCCGGGCACUAAGUGCGGAGAGUGAAGUUGAGGAGCCAGCGAGGGGUCCAGGGGAGGCCAGGGGUGAGAGGCCAGGCCCAGCCUGUCAGCUGUGUGGGGGGCCGACAGGUGAGGGGCCGUGUUGUGGGGCAGGAGGGCCGGGUGGGGGGCCCCCGCUGCCCCCACGGCUACUGUACUCAUGCCGCCUCUGCGCCUUCGUGUCCCACUACUCGAGCCACCUGAAGCGGCACAUGCAGACACACAGCGGGGAGAAGCCGUUCCGCUGUGGCCGCUGCCCCUACGCCUCAGCCCAGCUCGUCAACCUGACGCGACAUACCCGUACCCAUACUGGCGAGAAGCCCUACCGCUGUCCCCACUGCCCCUUUGCCUGCAGCAGCCUGGGCAACCUGAGGCGGCAUCAGCGCACCCACACAGGGCCUCCCACUCCUCCCUGCCCAACCUGUGGUUUCCGAUGCUGUGCUCCACGACCAACCCGGCCUCCCAGUCCCACAGAGCAGGAAGGGACAAUGCCCCGGCGAUCAGAAGGUAAAAAGAGCACCAGAGAUCUCGGGACACUGGUAGGUAGCAGUAGGGAUACUUGGAUUAAUGGCCCAUAUCUCAUUGUUCCCACAGAUGCUCUGAUCCUUCCAGACUUGAGUCUCCAUGUGCCACCAGGUGGUACCAGUUUCCUGCCAGAUUGUGGGCAGCUGCGAGGUGAAGGGGAGGGUUUGUGUGGAACUGGAUCAGAACCACUGCCAGAGCUACUGUUCCCUUGGACCUGCCGGGGCUGUGGACAAGAACUGGAGGAGGGUGAGGGCAGCAGGUUGGGAACUGCCAUGUGUGGGCGCUGCAUGCGAGGAGAGUCUGGAGGGGGUGCCAGUGGGGGACCCCAGGGCCCUAGUGACAAAGGCUUUGCCUGUAGUCUAUGCCCCUUUGCUACUCACUACCCCAACCACCUGGCUCGGCACAUGAAGACUCACAGUGGUGAGAAACCCUUCCGCUGUGCCCGCUGUCCAUACGCCUCUGCUCAUCUGGACAACCUGAAACGGCACCAGCGCGUCCACACAGGAGAAAAGCCCUACAAGUGCCCUCUCUGUCCGUAUGCCUGUGGCAACCUGGCCAACCUCAAGCGUCACGGUCGUAUCCACUCUGGUGACAAACCUUUUCGGUGUAGCCUUUGCAACUACAGCUGCAACCAGAGCAUGAACCUCAAACGUCAUAUGCUGCGACACACGGGCGAGAAGCCCUUCCGCUGUGCCACCUGUGCUUACACCACAGGCCACUGGGACAACUACAAGCGUCAUCAGAAGGUGCAUGGCCAUGGUGGAGCAGGAGGGCCUGGUCUCUCUGCCCCUGAGGGUUGGGCCCCACCUCAUAGCCCACCCUCCGUCUUGAGCACUCGGGGUUCAGCUGCCCUGGGUGCUACUGGUAGCAGGGCUCUUCACACAGACUCACCUUGAGUUAGGUUCUUUUUACCUGGGGCCCUAGGAAUUAGCCCUACGCCUCCUGCAUUUUAUACAAAUGGACUAGAAAGCCACCUUUCCCUUUCUCCCCCGCUGGUCAGGGGCUCCACACAGAGUAACCUAGGCACUAUAUGGACCAGCCUGAAUCCCAUGGUCGGGGCCAUAUAAACCAGGGGGCCUUGUCUUGGCUCAUGUACCUGAUGAGCUAAGUGAUUAGGACCUUGGAUUCACCGCCACUGCUCCCAGGGGCCACGGAUGAACUGGUUGGGAACUGCCCAGCCUUUUACUGUUUUAACUUAUUUCAGUGCUUUAUAAUAAAGGAAACACUAACAGA